AUGGAGGUUAAGGUGUUGAGCUCCAAGCUCGUGAAGCCUGCCUACAAUGCCGGCGCGGCACCAGCCACCGAGUACAUCCCUCUGUCCAUCUUCGACAGGGUGACGUUCGACAUGCAGAUGGCAAUCAUCUACGCCUUCGCCUCGCCGGCUCCUUCAACGGCCGCCAUCGAGAAGGGCCUGGCAGCGGUGCUCGCUCAGUACCGCGCCUUCGCCGGCCAAAUCGGCGUCAACCCUGACGACGGCGAACCCUCCUUCAUUCUCAACGACCGUGGUGCCCGUCUUGUGGAGGCCUUCGUGGAUGCCGACCUCAUUAAUAUGGCACCGGCAAAGCCCACGCCGGAGCUGCUGAAGCUGCACCCGGACCUGGAGGGAGAGCUAGAGGAGGUGGUGCUGCUGCAGCUCACCCGGUUCAGGUGCGGCUCGCUCGCCGUCGGGUUCACCUCCAACCACGUUGUCGCCGACGGCCACGCCACCAGCAACUUCUUGCUUGCAUGGGGACGUGCCACCAGAGGGCUCCCCAUGGGUGCCCCGCCCGUGCACCACCACAAGGACCUCUUCAAGCCCCGAUCGUCGCCACGCGUGGAGCACGACCACCGCAACAGAGAGUACUACCUGCCGUCUCCCACUAACGUCAUCGGCCACCAUGGCGACGUCGCCGACAACAUCGUCAUUCACAAGGCGCACUUCACCAAGGACUUCAUCGCCGGGCUCCGUGGUAGCGCGUCGGAGGGGCGCGGCCGGCCGUUCAGCCGGUUCGAGACCAUCCUCGCCCACCUCUGGCGCACCAUGACACGUGCCCGUGACUUGAGCCCAGAAGAGACGACGACCAUACGCCUGUCCGUCGACGGGCGCCACCGGCUCGGUAAACCAGCAGAGUACUUUGGCAACAUGGUGCUCUGGGCGUUCCCGCGCGCCACGGUAGGUGACCUCCUGACCCGGCCUCUGAAGCACGCCGCGCAGGUGAUCCACGACGAGGUGGCCAGGGUGGACGGCGUCUACUUCCAGUCCUUCGUCGAUUUCGCGACCUCCGGCGCCGCCGAGAAGGAAGGGCUCGCGCGGAGCGCCGUGUGCAAGGACGUGAUGUGCCCGGACGUCGAGGUGGACAGCUGGCUCACCUUCCCGUUCUACGAGCUGGACUUCGGAACCGGGAGCCCGAGCUACUUCAUGCCGUCCUACUUCCCUACGGAGGGGAUGCUCUUCCUCACGCCGUCCUACAUUGGCGAUGGCAGCGUCGACGCAUUCGUCCCUGUCUUCGAGCACAACCUGCAAGCGUUCAAAGAAUGCUGCUACUCCACGGAGUAG